GCAAAUACUGGCGGAAAAAAAAUCGUGCUGUUUGAACGAAUGUGCCUUUCGGUGGCAGGAGCGAUACUCUGGUGGUACUAUUUAAACUCAGUCGUUUACUGAAGAUGGUCCCGCUAUGUCUCUGUUGAGUUGCACGUGACGUGACGAAUCUUUCAGGAUAUGGACCCCCAGCCCUUCCAGAGGUUCCAGCUCAAUGUUCUCAAACAAGCUCCGGCAAGAGAGAGAGAGAAGCCGUCUGCUUUAUCGGUGUCAGUUUGGGCUGCGCCGUGCGGCAGGAGGCUGUCGCUACGGAGAGGCUGUCCGUCAGCUGUUUAUAUUUUGUUCUACAUAUGAACGUUGCCAAAUAUUUUCUUACCGCUUGUGUAUCGUAGAUCGAGAGUGUCCUGGCUUCCUUAUUUUUUUUUGUCUGGAAAAGCUUCUCCGGACAAGUGGUUUUUCUAGCACAUAAAACGGAAAGAUUGUGCGACAAAUUCUUGAAAUAAAGGAAACCGAAGAAUUAUAGAGGCAAGAGGAGAAAAUGGAGAACAACAAGAUAUUUGAAACUUCAAGAAAAUGAAAAGAAAAUUGAUUUUGUGUGUUCUUGGGGGUUGCUUCGCGUUGUUUUGCAUCGUCUAUGAGAGAGACGGAAAUCUCCGAGUGGACUCUUCAUAUAACUUAGGUAGUCUGAAGUGGCUGCUUGCCGACAGAAACCAAAGCUCUGCGAACCACACAGACUUGGCGGCGAACAACUCCUCGUGGGAAGAUGGAUGGCAGCCCUGGUUUCGGGAGCAAGAAAGGCGCAAAAAUGCUGUCAAGAAAGCUUGCGAGAGCUUAGGCCUCUCGAAAGAAGAAUUGCUGGACCUACUGAUGCUUUCCCCAGAUGAGAGGUUUAGCCAUCUCUUCGUCGAUGAUUCAAGGAAGGCGAUCUACUGUUAUAUUCCGAAGGUAGCCUGCACCAACUGGAAGAGAGUCUGGAUGUACCUCACAAACCUUACGACGGAGAAGAACUUGUCCGCAAUCCCUCUGCUGACGCCCCACGAAUACGGAUACAAGAUGCAGCUGGUGAAAAAGACUAAGGGAUCGUCUCUGGAGCUCAGACUGAAAACUUACACGAAGCUCAUUGUGGUGAGACACCCGUUCCACAGACUAGCUUCGGCCUACCGGGACAAGAUCCUCCCCGAGGGAGACGCUUAUUUCCAAAACCAAGUGCUCCCUUUCGUACAGAAGCAGAGGCCUGGCGCUCAUCUAGGCGACAUCCGGUGGCCAGAAUUCGUCGAUUACCUCACUUUAGGAAAAGGGAAAAAGUGCGACAAUCACUGGAACUCUUUUAUGUUCCUGUGUCACCCGUGCGCUCUCGAUUAUGACGUCAUAGCCAAAGUGGAGACCCUUCAAGAAGAUUCUGAACGGUUUUUGCGACUCGUUGGUGCUCCAGUCGAACUCCAUUUUCCCAACAGUACCAGAACAUCCAGGAGAAUUGACAAUAUUUUGUGGAGGGAAUACGAAGAGCAGUUAAGUCAUGAUCAGUUGGAUGCACUGCGUAAAGCCUAUGCAAAGGACUUUAAGUUAUUUGAAUAUAAAUGAAUCACCGCUUUCCCCUCAUACAGCAUUCCUAUCUAUUCCUCUUCUCAGCAGAGGGCUAGUUAAUAUGUAUUUCAAAAUAAACAGA